GUGACAGUUAUUGAGAUUUAGAGAAGAGGCACAAGGGAUCGAUGGCAUUGAGACGAGGCAGCGCAGUACCUCAAUACACAGACCUAUGUAUAUCAAACCUGAACCAGCACAGUACACAACCCCAAUUUUUUUAGACGUGGAUACGUGUUUUUAAUGUUCAAUUUUGUUUUCAAUUUUUGUUGCAUCUUGCCAGCAUCUGGGCUUGUAUCUCGCUGCAUGAUGUAGAUGAUUCAAAUUUAAUCUGGACAAAAUAUUCGAAUUAAUGCCAUUCAUCUACUUGAACCUUUCGAUGAUCGUGUUAUGGUGUUGUGCUGUCUCAUUUACUCGUUUAGCUGUGAGUGCUCCGAUCUGCACGCACGACCAACGCUUUUUUACUCAUUGCGAGGUCAUCGGGCCGCGAAUCCGAUAACGGCUCGAGAUAGUACCAUCCAAGAUAUUCCAUGUAACUUUACGCCCGCGGACUGCCCACUGGCAUCCUGCUCUGUCUGCAACAAAUUGCUAGUGUUAUGGCGAAUUUUGGAUGUUCCGACAAUCGCAGCGUGGGGGUCGGCAUCAAUGGCGAUGACGAUGUACAAGGAGCAUGAGAUACUAUAGGAGAAUCUGUAGAGGUAAAUGCACGAUGCGCUCAGAGGCUUUCAAACAAUUUUGAUCGCAGUCUUCUUGAUGGGUGCAGAAGCAGGCACUGGAUACAGCAAGCACAAACGAAUUUUUCUUCACUGUCUCAAACUCUGGAAGGUUGCGAAGAGCUGCGGUAGUUUGUCUUUUGUUCCGUUAGCCUAGUAAUCACGAUACACUUUCCAGUGCUUUCGUUCUG